CGUACCAGACCAUCAUCGCUCGAGGAUCCCCAUCUAGCUAGCUCUACCAACUACCAACCCACCCCACAAUCUACCGGUACCCUCUUCUUCUUUCUCCUCUCAGAUCACUCUGAGUCCAAAACGAGGUGCAAAAUGGAAUCUCCCGGAAUUAUCUCCAUGAAUGGCGUCGAAGCCGAUGAAACCGAGAAGACAUGGUUUGCGGAGGACGGCUACGAAGAGCUUGUUACGAAGCCACAGAUCCUUCUUGACCGCAGGACAACCACACGCAGUGAGAGUCUGAGCAGUGAAACUACUGACAAACGCGAUGAACUUGAUAUAGUGGAGACAAACGAUUUCGGAGAUUCUGCAGGUAAGGAGCCAGAAGGCAAAGCAGACUCCACCAAUGACCAGCGCGGAAUGGUUCGUCAAACACAGCGAUGGCUCUUCAGGUUACUGAUUGGAGCUCUGGCUGUAAGCUUCUGGAGAGGUCUUUGGUCGCUCUUUGAUGUCUAUUCAUGUGAUCAACCGGUUGACGCUUCUCUGUUGAAUGGAGAGAUCUUUUGCGGGGCAAAUGACUUGGAAAACCCAAUGAGAAGAAACAGCGCACUUCUUUCUUUGGUUGUAGGAAUCUCGUUAUGCUGUCUUGGAGAGCUGCUGUACCUGAAUGGAUUCUUUCAAGAAAGCAAAGUUGAAGAGCUAUCAGAAACGGACGUGUUGUCUAGAACACGAUUGGCCGUAACGAGGAUAUUUAUGGUACAAGCUGUUGGAAGUGGCAACGUGCUCACGUGGCGAGGAGUUUGGAUGCUGACAGAAGUCUGGUUAUAUCCAAAGCAUUUGCUCAGAUCCAACUGGAUUUCCGCAUGUCUUGGCUGCGCUGGGGCUUUGGUGCUGGACUGCAGUGCUUCCCUUCUGGCUCCUCCUACGGUCCUUCUUCAAGAUCCUUCAACAGUCGUCUUUGAUACCAUCUUCUCGGUCUCUCGGAGAAGUCGAGGGUUCCAGCGUGAAUCUCACGGACCAUGGUCCAAUGUACUCUCCGCUUUGGAUCUAUUUGGGACAUUUGUCGUCCUUCCGAUUCUUGAGGUUUGGUUUUGGCGAGGGAUAUGGACGCUGCAAGACUUCUACUUUUGGGGCUACUCGUCCUCUGGAAGUGAUUUGAACUGGUCUCUAGCAGUGGGAAUGAUCAUCUUUUGUGCAUCUGUGCUGGUGUCAUCGUGGGCCGGGAUCUUGCUUGAUGGGAAAACCCAACCAAACAACUCUUUGGUGCAUCACAUCACGGUUAGAACCCAGAAUGUGCUGCUGGGGAUUGCCUCAGUGAGCUAUUGGCGUGUGGUCUGGUACUUGUGGGAAAUAGGAAGCGGAUCCACUGCUGCAUCAUCUUGGGCUUCGCAUGUCUUAGGUGCGACAGGUCUUUUGAUGCUGGGCUGUUUGUCUAGUGCCGUCGUCCCGGUCUCCUGGUCAACCGAGGAAGAAGAUAGCAAUGAGGUUUCGGAGCCGGAUGAUUCAGAUUUUCUUCCACGCUGGUUCGCCAUCGCCCAUGUUCCGAAUCCUCGCAAUGUGGCUUCAGUCUAGCCGGCCGUCAACUGCUCAAGGAACUCCAAGGUAUUGGGGAUGACGAUAUUCCCUCUCAUGGAAUGGACGGGAUGUCAGGAUCAGCUCGUUUCCUUCGGUUUCAUCCAUUGCGCAUACAUGGUUGGAUACUUCGAUUCAUUGCUACCUACACUUUUAAUUAUUCUAAAGUUACAGACAUUUUCUUUGCCUUUUGAUGCGUCUCCCGUGUUUGUUGCGCCAUCUUGCCUGCCUUCCUGCCUGAUAUACUUUUGUGGAUGACGGUGGAGCAAAGUGCACCGGCUCUGUGACAUGGAAGCUUUUAAUGUGAACGACUACAACACAACGCAACGCAUGUUAUACUUUUGAUGACGGUGGAUCAAAGUGCACACGGAAGAAUUGCUUUAUUAAAGUGAACGACUAUAGUACAACACAACACAACACAACUUGAAUAAUAAAAAUGCAAUCGAUUACG